CGGUGGCAACGCGCAAGAACUCUUUCGGGCUUAAGAACUGCCGCCAUGGCCGCAUUUGCAACAAUCUUGUCCUGGCUUCGCUGGUGCAGCUUGUGGAUGUUGCUUGUGGCCGCUUCCGCUGCUUCCUCUUGGGCCAUAGCUGCGGACGAGAACACCGGCUGGGAGACAAGAUCUAUACAAGGCCGCGAAACAGAUGCAAAAGGGAAUCAGCCCGAUGAGAAGCAUCAACCUCACGAUUCCUCGUAUGGUACUUUCGCCAGCGAGUUUUACGAUACGCGCUUCCUCUCCGAUGAGGGUUACCCUUUUCCUACUGCUCCUCCGGUAGAUCCAUUUGCAAAAAUUCGAGCGGAUGAUUGUGGAAAAACAAAAGGAUGCUUUAGGUAUGGUAAACCUGGAUGCACUGCAGAUUCAUGCGACUAUUUUCUCAGUUACCGCAGAAUAGGAGCUGACAUAGAGUUCGAAUUGAGCGCUGAAGCUGAUGGCUGGGUAGCUGUAGGAUUUUCCUCAGAUAAGAAAAUGGGUGGAGAUGAUGUUAUGGCCUGUGUUCAUGAUGAUAAUGGAAGAGUCAGAAUACAUCACUUCUACAAUGUUGGUCAGUGGGCAAAAGAGAUUCAAAGAAACCCCGCCAGAGAUGAAGAAGGUAUUUUUGAAAAUAACCGUGUCACAUGUCGAUUUAAGCGCCCAGUGAAGGUUCCCAGGGAUGAAACUAUCGUAGAUCUCCACCUAAGUUGGUACUAUUUAUUUGCUUGGGGACCAGCAAUUCAGGGUUCUAUAACUCGGCAUGACAUAGAUUCUCCACCGGUUUCGGAGCAUGUGGUCAGUAUUUACAAGUACGAAGAUAUUUUUAUGCCUUCAGCUGCCUAUCAGACUUUUUCUUCUCCUUUUUGUUUGUUACUUAUUGUUGCCUUGACAUUCUAUUUAUUGAUGGGAACUCCAUGACGUCCCGUAUAGUAUUAUGACAGAUUGAAAUUAUUUGUCAGUGUUGCUUAAAAUUCUACUCUUUUCUAUUGGAGUUUAUAUUAGAGAACAAUUUAAUCAUUCAGAUUAUGAACAAUAAAACUGAGCGAUAAAUAUGUGCCAAAUAAUUCCCAAGAUUUG